AGUUGUGCAGUAAUGAUCUGACUUGCGUCCCCAGACAAGAAACAAAGCCAGAAUCAGUUUGGGUCGGUUUCUGCAAAUCUCAGGAGGAGGAGACAGUGUCUGAGGAAAUAAUGAGCAGCAUAUGAGCAAGAGAGAGCUGCAGCAGCUAAGGUAGCUGCACCCCACCACACCCACACCAUACACAGCUGCACCUGCAGUGCAGACAUUUAAGACUUUCUCGUACAAGCUAAGGUCACAGGUCAGCCUGGUCAGUUCUCUCCACCAGGAGGAGGAGAAGAUCAUCAUCAUCAUCAAGAGAGCAAUAGAGAGAGGAGAGGAGUGAAAGGGAACCAAAUCUUUAAACCCUACUCAAUGGAGAAACACUCGUGACAACCCUUUUUGCCCCCUCUUUCUAUUUUAAGCAUUCUUUGUUUGCCUUUGCCUCUCUCUCUCUCUCUCUCUUCUCUGCCUUGCCUUUUAAGCACUCUUUUCUUUCCUUCAUCCUCUCCCCUUAUAUUAGUUUUUCUCUUCUAUUUGCUCUCUUCUCUCUCUCUAAUCUCCCAUCUCUCUUCCUAUACUCUGAGAGAGCAUGCCUGAAUGUCCAGGGAAAGGGAGAGAUUAGAUGAAAUCGGGAAGAAGAUUAAGAGAGAAGCUGAUGUUGCCCCUUCUCGUCUGAUGGGACGGCGGCACAUGUUGAGUCCUCAGAGUCAGGCCGGAACCCUAAACACGAUUACUCCAUGCGCGGCUUGUAAGCUCUUGAGGAGAAGGUGUGCUCAAGAGUGCCCCUUCUCUCCAUACUUCUCUCCUCAUGAGCCUCAGAAGUUUGCAUCUGUUCACAAGGUUUUUGGUGCCAGCAAUGUCUCCAAGAUGCUAAUGGAGGUGCCUGAAAGCCAGAGGGCAGAUGCAGCUAACAGUCUCGUUUACGAAGCAAAUGUGAGGCUCAGGGAUCCAGUUUAUGGUUGUAUGGGUGCAAUCUCGGCUUUGCAACAGCAAGUUCAAUCUCUACAAGCCGAGCUCAAUGCGGUGAGGGCUGAAAUCCUGAAAUACAAGUACAGAGAAGCAAACGUCCUCCCUUCUUCUUCUCAUAUGACCUUGCUUUCUUCGGGCCCCGGUGUCAACAUUGUCUCAGUGGCUGCACCGCCUCCCAUUCUGCAACCUCAGCCUCCGUCCCCACAACCAUCGUCUCUUCCCCCUCCCGCUGCUAUCUCGUGCUCUUCUGUCUUCACUCAACCAACAACGUCGAGUUGCACUACUGACUUCAACUCCAUCUCAAGCGAAAACGUCUCCUAUUUCGGUUAAAAUUCUAAACUCGAUCACUGAAAUAAUAUUCCCCUUUUAAUCUUCAUAUAAUGUAUGAACGGAUAAUUAGAAAGAGAAGAUGAAAAAUAUUGAAUUGCUAAUGAAUUUGCUUAACUGGGUUUUUCAGAGGGUCCUUGAUCUUGAUGAAACCCUCCAUGUAGAGUGUUUUAGAUGGUUGGAUCCAUAUGUGCUCCUUCACAUACAUCGUAUCAUGUGCUUAUGUUACAAUUUUUUCUUUUUGGCCCAUGUGUUUAUGUUGCGUUUUUCUCUAUAAUAUGUAUUCCACAGAAUUACUUAUCCGGAGAGUUAUUUUAAUAGAGACUUGUUAUUUAUUUGCAUUACAA